AGGUUGUGUUUUACCUCCGGAAUUGAAGACCCCAGCGCAACGGCCUCGACGACCCACUUUACCUUUAAUUUUGCGACUCCCUCUUCUACACGAUUUAAGUUUAACCCAAUCUUGAACAAAAUUAGCAUGAAAUCUUCAAAACCAGUAUGACUCAAGAACGACCCAAUCUUGAAAGUGCUUCUGGAAAAUCACCACCCCGGGCCGCCGCUCGGCGAAACUCGAAAGAGAUUAUCAACAGACAAGAAGGUUUCAUGCUGCAGCUUGAAAGAUAAGAAAUGCGAAAAAUAAGUACGACCGCACAUGAUCAGCAGCUACGAAGCCAAGGGCAGAAAGACGACGAUGAAAAUGACUGCGGCCCCAAGUUGCACUACCAGGCCGCUGCACGACCCGUGAACUGUAACCCGAGACAAACCACCAGUGAAUUGUAAUUAAAAAACAACCACGACGAGCACCAGGAGCUUCUUUUCUGCGCCGUGCCACCUCCAGCAGCGCAAAUAAGCUCAUUUUUUUUCCUGCUUCAUCCCGUCGGCGCUCCACCGUAGUUUCGCAAGGAUCAUGUUGACCACACUGAGGGUUUCUGUGCUCUCGCACUCGCUCCAGCAAAUUUUACUUGUGCAUCAAGUAGCACUCGCGAGGACCAAGACGAGGACGACAAAAACUUCGCUAUCCGGAGAAGAUGCGGUCGUUGUGUUAGCACCGGAUGAUGAUCUUAGUGCUGUUGAAGAUGGAGGAAGGAGCAACAGUCCCCGCGAUGAAGAAAGCCAAAAUUAUCACGAGGACCCCCGCCGUGGUCGGGCGGGGCCGACAACGACUGCUGCAACUUCUACCGCACCUCCGAGCCUGGUGGAGGUGGUCGGCGAGCAGGCGGAGGACAACGAAGCUAGGACUGCAGCUAGUAGUGCAGCUUCAACCAGCAGCGAGGCACAUACAGAAGAUGAUCUUGUUGAAAAUGAUGAUCACGAUCGCGUUUAUCUUCAUUCCGGUCGACAAGAUGAAAUAGAUUCUCUGGAGGACGAGCUCUCGUCGUCCACACCAGAAGCUGCUCCUGCAGACGCGCAUCUUCAACUCCUGGUGCAGCUCGAGAGGACAAAACAGCAUGCUGUUGUUCCGACAUCACCUCCUCAUCAGGAAAAGGACAUCAAUCCUGGUGAACAUCAAGAUCAAGAUGGCAGCACAAGAACCGCAGGUGUAGCAGUAGCUACUGGUGGUCAUGAUCCUUCUACUCUUCCUCCGGCAAGAACAUUGCGAAGUAGAACCAUCAAGCGGCGCAACAAGCGGAAAUUUUUGGGACGAGACGAGGAGGAGGAGGUUUAUGUGCCCAGCACGCCGCGGCCCGAAGAGCAAGAGGCCUUCGAUAUCCAAGAAGAAAAUUGUGUUAGUGUAGGUCUUUUGAGAAAACAGCAUCACAAAUUUGUCUGCCGUGACAGGAAAAAGUUGUCAUGCGCAGAUACGACGGGAAAACACGUAGGAAACGAGUCUAUCAUGCCUUUGCAGCAUGACACGCGUAACUGUUUUGCAUUUUCUGCAUCACAGACUUACACUUACACAGUUUUUUUCUUUGAUAUUCGAACAACUGGAAGUACUAGAGGGCGGCGACGGAGCAGCUGCAGGUGGUGCUCCAGCUCCACGAAAACCUGAAACAAGCGCUCUCAGUCUCACCGCACGGGAGGCGGGAACUACGGGUAACAAGCAACGACGAACAGAGCGCGAAGUAGAUGGUGAUCGUGAUCCGAACCGAGGGACCAAGAACCAGCAGGACCGCGGUACUAUUAGGUUUCGUCCGACGGCGCCUCGGCUGCUUGAAGUAGAUGAUCAUCCAGAUCCCGCACUACAGCGUUCUACUGACGAGGAACUUCUACCCGCCGGCGGCGCACUCUUACAUGUCAAAGAACAUCAUCAUCAGACAGAUGAUGCUGUAGGUGCAGCUCGAAGAAGUAUGAUCUCGGUCAGUGCGGACGGCGAGCUCGCCGCAGAAGGCAAAAAUGCUGUUGAAAUAAAUGCGGGCGUGAACGACGAGGAUCCUGAUGCAGCAACUGUCAUUCCUCCUCCUCCACCUCCUCCCGCAGUGGAUCGUGUGCUUGCCCCCGCCCCAGGGCAGCUUGACGGAGACUUUCUGGAGCUGCAACAGCAACAGCAGCACGAGCAAAGGAGCAGCUCACGCCGUGGGCGCGAGGACCAGGAAGUAGAUCCUCCUCAACGAAGUUCUCAAGCGGAGGUGGAACAGGUCGUUGAUGCAGGUGACCGUCAAGCGGACAAGGUGCAGGUCGUGAUGCGACACGACCCUUCUGAAGAGGACCACGACCACCUCGGAGCAGGAGGUCGAGGUGUAGAAGAUGCUCAGCACAACUUCUCCCCAUCCCCUUUUUCUUGGCUCGCCACAACGGCCCAGCAGUACUACCUCGGCGGAACAGCAUUUCUAGACAUGAUUUCGCCCGCUUCUGAUACUUUUCAUCUUCAAAACGGAGAUGUUGAAAAAGAAGCAUCUACUUCAUCUUCCAAUGAGGAGAACAAGAACAUCAUCGGCCGUGCGACUACAGUGAAAAGUACACGACAAGAAAAAACGUUACCUUCAAGAAGUAGAAACACGCGGUCUUAUCCGACGAAAUUUUUGCAGCGCACAGACGAAGCUGCAGAAGUAGCUGGUGGUGGUGGUGCCAGCAACUCCUACAGCUGGUCGCACCUCCAGCAGGCCGCGCCAUCUUCUCAUGCUGAAGGAACACCGGAGCAGGAGGAGGAGCAGAUGCAGAUCGAACUACCUCCUUCCACGACGCUGGGGACCACCACCAGCACCUACGCAGAUUACGACUUUCUCAUGCCAACGUCAGCGACGCCGCCAUCUCCACCAGCAGCUUCAUCGAUCACCCGCCCUGCUGCACUAGUAGAAGUGGGAGGAGGUUCACCUCGCUCUGGCAGUAGAAGUCCCCCUGGAGGUUCUCGUAAGAGCUCAGGGGACAGCAGUGCCGGCCGUACAGGUAGAGCUAGUGUCGAGGACGUUGUCGACGACGCACUGGAAAAUAUCGUUGCCGACGUCCUGGAAAAUAAGUCCUCGAUCAUCUCCACCGAGGAAGAAGCACGAAGCAGCGGACUUCUCCAGCGGACGGCACAAGCGACGGAAACGGGAACAAAAAUAAACGAAUAUAAUGCACAUGGUCAACAGUCGAUUGAUCCGCCGUCUGUCGCAAACAUACACAUACUAGACGGUGCUGCAGCCAAGGCCAAGCUCGCUUCACUAGAUGGAUCAAUAACAUUCGAUCCUGAUGAAAAGAAGAAGAUGGCAACAUCUACAUCUUCUCCGGAGGUUGGACUGUCGGGGAUCACACGGUUCGCAAAGAGCGUCGACGACACGGCUCGCAACGCGUUGAAGACUGUCAGCGCUACUGUGAAACGUCAUAAUCCGUUGCAGUACUUUCACCGGAAGGCUAAGACACACGACAGUGACAGAAACGGAAGUACACCCAAGAACGUCGAGAAUCCUCCUGAGCAAGAAUGGGCGGCAACGGAAGAUGUUGGCAAGCACGACGGCUACACCUCCGAAAGAAAGAAGGACGCAGAUGGAAAGGCGCUCGUGGUGCACGCGGGGCCAAAGCUGUAUUGGACGAAAGAACGAGACAAGAAAACGAACAGUUAUUGGAGCGAACCGCCGGAAAAAGUAGGCUCACAGGAAUGGAUUGAUUUUUUCACGCCCGACGUAGAUGAUCCGGACGCGGAACACAAACUGAAAUGCCAACAGAACCCGGAGAGCAAGGAGUGCCAACCAAAACAGAAGGCUUUCACCAGCGGAGUGAUGGAGCUGGGCAAGGCUUUCUUCAUAUCCAAGAUAAAUAAAAGUUUCUACAGUUAGUACACAUUUGAUGUUGGAGUUUCUGCAGCGUCACAAAGUUGCUCGACAUGGGAAACAAGAAAACCUGUGACGCGCAGACUAGUAUAAGGGAAAACACGAAAAAUGAAAUCAGGCUGGCAAGCAUUUCCUGCAUGACAAAGGUUGCCUGUCUUGCUUGUUUCGCAACACAAUGCCGUGUAACUGUAGCACUUUUUUCUUCGCAUACUUCAACCUGGUCCACAUCCUCACGAUCGGAGUGGCGCAAUAUCCUGUGCAAAAGUAUCGUACUCAUAUUGCAAUCAUGCGUUACGAAUCUUGUUGUUGAGGUAGAUCAGCAUUAUACAAGUUUUAUUUCUCAUGCUGAGGAAGAGGAAAUUAAAAUUUAGAAUGUAUUUAAUAUACGAGUACUACGAUACAACUUUUGCAGUUGAUACGAAAAACAUAUAUGCGAACAUCAAGUGGGUUUACAAGACUUACUUGGAGCCUGCUCAAAUUGAAAUUCUCCAAGACGGUCACGAAGAACAGGCGGAGGACAAAGCAGAUGAUCUUCGUGAGGGGACAUCAACCACGACAAGAGGAGCGGCAGAAAACAAGCACCAGGUCUUCCCCCUGCAGUUGCCCGUUCCUACCCCCGAUCUGGCCCAAUGGUUCCAGUUUUUUCCGAUGAGUUUGCGCGUGCAGCGGAUUCAGCUGCCGCACGGGGACCACGUGCAGCCGUGCCGGCACGAGCACGAGGCCGCGCAAAAGAAGCGCGAUCUCCACGACGACAUAGAAAUUCUGCGGGGGCGGGACAGCGGCGGGCCGGUGUGCAGUAUGGAUAGCGUCUCGGACUUGUUGGGUUUGUCUGGUUUUCGUAAAGCGAAAAGUCUUUUUUUCCACAUUUUCAAGCUGCUUCAGGAGAAUGUCAGAGAGGGCGCGGCGCUGCACAAGGGCGAGCGUUGGGACGUCGUGGACAAAGAGGUGAGCCCGUGGCUGAACUCGCAUUUGUAAGCAUUGCUAAAAAUGUGAUCUCUUCCGGGUCCGAAAGUGAAAACUUGUGAUGCUGGUUGCAGAAAAACGAAGACGGAUCCAUUGGCUGCCAAGCAUGACAAGUUUUGGAGAUCAUGCUACUGCGGUGUUGUCUAUUCUGCAUGUAGUUGAAUACCGUCCUCUGCGCUUCUUCUCUAUGACAGGAACGCAGGGUUGUACUAGUUGCGGUAACGUGCAUGACAAGAACUCUCAGAGAGUUCUUGUCAUGCUAGCCGAGCAUGAGCAUGACACUCUGACUUUCGAGACCCAGAUUGAUAUAGUAUUUGCAAUGCAUAGUUUGGUAGGAGAAAAGACGGAGCUCUACCACACAAACUACCAGAUGUUCCUCGAGGUCGGCGACCCAACCCGAGACGACGCGGACCCUCUGCCGGGCCGCCUCGUGAUGGAACUGGAUGUCCAGAGCCAUCUCGUGGGUCGCCUCCUCCUCUACGCAUUCGAGGAGUUCGGGGACCUGGGGUCGGGGCAGUUUACGCUGCAGCUGCUUGACGCGCCCUCUGCUGGUGUGGAAAGUGGCGGGGCGGGAGGAGCAACAGCAACAGGAACGGGAACAACAGCUCAAGAAGUUGUAGGGGGCGAGGAAGGAGCGGCGUCCUCGCCAGCUUCGUCCACGACUCCCGCCGGCGGCAACACGGACACCACCACAAAGCAGAAGAAGUAUUUUGCCGUGUCCUUUUAUGGGAGUGUCAGAAUCGAAAUGGACCAAAUCGAAAUAACUUGUGAUGCACAAAAUCGAUGCCAGUUGGAGCCUCAGUUUCCAAGUGGCGCAUGACAAAUUUCGGAAGCGCCAAAAUCCAGCCUGUCAUGCUGUUUGGGCAAAGAAGACUGCUCCUGUCGUGCUAUUCUGGAAGCGCGUCUUCUUUCCCUAAACAGGCUUGCAAUUAUCGGUCGCAUUUGCUUGCUCCCCAACACAGGCCAUGCGUGCUCUACAUUUUAUGCAUCACAAGUUUUUCGAUUUUGUCAAUUUCGAUUCUGACGCCUCCAUACCUUUCGUGCACACGCCAUGUGCCCUUGUCUCCUGGUCAACCACGGGAAGACCGUGCCGCAACAGGCGGCAGCGACGACGGCCGCGAUGCUGGAGAAGCAGAGGGAGGGGUCAGAUAGAGGAAGUUGGCUCCCCCUUCUGUUUGGGAAGAAAAAAAAAGUAUUUUUAAACAGGCCGAGUGAUCAUGAUUUGGGCCCUUAUUUGCAGCCAGUGUUUAUGGGCGGCCGCCGCCGUCUAGACUCCACGAACUCGUUUCCCUGGGCGCUGUAUGGAUCGCUCCGGACGCCGCAAGAAAAAGAGGCGCGGCUGCGGGAACACAUGCAGGAACACGCUACGCCCCGACUGGAGCACCAACUGCGGCUGGAUGACCUGCUUGUGGCGCACACCGAGGCGGUUGUGUUGGCGAGUGUGUACGAACGCAAGCCACUCGACAAAGAAAGGGAGAACAUGAACAAAUACGGGGAAACGGGGUGCUCCUUGAACAUGGAAAAAGAGGUGUGGUACGAAAACUUUAGUGCGCAACGGCUGGACCGACAGGACUCGGCGCAGGUCAAGAAGCUGCAACUCGCUGAGCUUCUGCUCGUUAUCCUGUGCAAAAGUAUCGUAUUCGUAUUGCAAUCAUGCAUAUACAAAUCUUUUUGUUAAAAUCAAAUGCAAAUCCGCAUUAUCUGCUCAUGCUGAGGAAAUUUGUAAUGCAUUUAUACGAAUAUUACGAUACUUUUGCAGUUCAUACUCGUGGACGUUUCACGAGUGCUACGUGACGUCAUUGUGCAGGUGGUAUACAAUUAUGGAAGUCCUCCCACAUCAGCUGACGAUGACGUGGUGGCGGUUGAUCUCGGAGUUGAAGCACUGCUGUCGGAGUACGAUGAAAGAGUUGAAGCACUGCUGUCGCACUUUCAGUCUCCGAAACCAACAACAACAAGUUCAGCGCAGGAAGGAAAUAUGAACCAAGCGCAAGCAACUCCAACUCCUCAGCAACAAGAAGGACAAGAGGCAGGAUCAGGAACUGACCAAGCGCAAGCAACUCCUCAGCAACAGGGAAGACAAGAACUACAACUGGAGACAAUAGCGGACACCCUGCGCGGAUUAGACCAGGACUGGAGGGCCUGGUGCCGCAAGAACGGCGGCGUUCUGCUGGCCCUGACGAAGGAGGGUUACGUCGAAGUCCAGGCGCUGGGCGAGAAAGAUGAAGAACAACGCCAAGUCUGGUUCCCCUUUUCUGCAACAAAAACGACAAGUCGGGGCGAGACCCAAGAUGUCCGGAUCUUAACUCCUGGUGUUCCCAGCAGUCCUCCUUCCGGUUCAUCUUCUCCUGCGCCCGCUUCUGAUCAUUUUUCUGAUAGAUUUCCCUGGUGCUACCGUAGCCCGUCCCUAGAAGCCGUCCAAAAGGAGUACACCAUGCACAUUCCAGAGAGCAUGUUCGUGGAGGCUGCGGAGCAAAAGCAAAGCCGAGGUGUUGAGGAACCCACUGAAAAGGAUUCCGCCGCCCCGAACCAGAGCGACGUGAAGAUUGGAUUACUGUCGGUAGAGCCCCGACACUUAGGGGACGAGAGUGGUCGCGCUUUUAGUAGUACUACUGCAACAUCAUCUAGGGUGAGAAAGAGUAAGCUGCAGGGCGGGCGGACCGCCUCCCAAAAAUACACGCGGCAGAGAAACAGGCACUUCAGCCGGUGUCAGCUGCGCCGCACGUCACUCACUGGGGUUUUCCCGGCGAUAGAAGCUGAAAAGCUGAACGGCCAACUGACGAAUAUGCAUUGCAAAAGUAUAAAGUGUACUAGUAUAAAUUGCAAUAUACAAAUAAUUUCCUUAGCAUGAGAAAUGGAUUUUGUUUUGUGGAUUUGCCUUAAUAAAAAGAUUUGUAAUGCAAGACUUGCAUUUAUACGAGUGCGAUACUUUAGCAGAUGAUAGCGAAAUAUUUCCAGCAAUCGUUCCACGCGGUCCGGGAGGAGGAACGAACGAGGGCCCUAUCAAAUGCAAAUAUGUCUGGGUCGGGAAACUUGUAAUGAUGCCUUGGGACUAGUGAAUGCUUCGUAAAUUGUAAUGCCCAGCCAAGCAUGAGAAAUAUAUAUCUGCGUGCUGCGUUUGUCGCAUGACCAACUGCGUUUUUGCAUGACAGACAAAUGGGUCCUCUCUUCUUGGACACGCAUGAUCACAAACUUUUUGGUCAUCCCAGACAAGCAUGACAAAUCUCGCAAUCUUCCAGACCCAGACACUUUUGCAUUUUAUAGGCACAGGAAGCUUGCGAUCUUUUUGCGAGUGAGAAAGAAAAAGAGAGAGAGAAGCAGGCUGCAGAGAACAAGAAACUCGAGGAAGAAAAGCAGGCUGCAGAGAAGCAGGCUGCAGAGAACAAGAAACGCGGACCAGUGGGGGCAUGGUUUAACAAAAAACUCGAGGAAGCAAAAGAACCCGGACCAGUGGGGGCAUGGUUUAACAAAAACAAGAAAGAUAUUGGUAAGAUGGUGGGAGCGGGGGCGGCUGUAAAGCUUGGAGCGGUGGGGCUGGUUGUGGCACCUCACGUCGCAUUGCCAGCACUUGCAGUUGCUAAAGCAGCAAGCGCAGUUGCCGGGACGAGUUAUGCAGCACAUGCCGUUUUGAAAGACAAAGAAAGGCUGGCGGCGGAAAAAACUAUCCUAUGUGAAAACGUCCCUACCACCCCACAGUUGUAUUUGUAAUGCAAAUCUGCAUGCUGAAAAUCAAAAUGCGGCUGAUCCGCAAGAAGAGAAGCACUUCCCAGUGGUCGUGUUGCGGAAUUUCUGACGUUCCAAUCUUCAGCGAGAUCAUGUGCUAGAUCUGUGUUGCUGCUGUUGAACUACUGAGGAUCACACUCUACGAGGCCAAACUUGUCACGCGGAACAGCCAAGGCUUGUUGGUUUGUCUCGCAGUUGUCCCACAACGGGGCUCGCUAAUAUGGAGAGGCGUUGGGUUAAUACCCGGUCGGCAAAGAGCACUACCGCCGAUGACGAUGAUCAUGAUGAGGCUUCCCGUCUUGACUUUGCUGGGGCGGGGACGUUUUUCCUCAUGAGAAAACCUGGUCCGGAGCUACUCCGCGACGUCCUCAAAAUACCGCAGAAGGUGGAUGUCGGUCCCGUUUUACGAGUGCUACCGACCCUGCACUACCCGGCAACGAAGGACGACUACGAAAAUCGGGCCGAAGGUGCGGGCAGAGUACAAAAAGGACUCGGGCUGGCAGCCGGCACGGUGGGAGCGCUGGUUCGCUUGCCCCUGGCGUGGGGGAAAACGGCGGUCGGAAGGGCUAAAAGGGCACUUCUUGGAAUGACAGAAAACGGAGAAGCAGAGAGCCCCACAACAAGCACCCAAGAUCCUCCUCCAGGAGAAAAAGAUGCCAUCGAAAUAAACCCGGCAGAAAAUCCGGGUCGCGGCGAGCGGCCGCGGGGCGGACGGGUCCAGCAAGAGGACGGGCUGCCGGAAACGGCCACGACAGCCGCGGAGCUCCAUCGCGACCGGGCGACGGUAGGUGUGCUACCGGUCUCUGUGGACGAUUUAGCGACGUUCUUGUCACGAAAGUUGAAAGCUCUUAUCGAUUUGGGGCUCGGUGAGGAGGGAAACUGGGGUCAUAUCGCCAAGGUCGCGGCCGAUCGCGGUAUUGUAAACUUUUUCGUAUCAGGCAAAAUGAGGGAUGAUUUGCAAGGAUCACUGAAAGCGCUAGCCGAAUCCCUGUUCUCCGGUUUGGUACUGCGUGUGUAUGAUCCGAAGGAGUUUUAUUUGCUUCCGGAAGGUGGAAAGAAGAGCCAGAGCUCCGCGGGUAGUUGCAGGACGCUUUUGUCCAUGCUUUCUACGUUGUUUAGUACGGGCCAGGUGGAUGAAAAUCUAGAUGACGUCGUACGCGGUCAAGGAGACAGCCACAGUGACAGUGGGGACUUCUACUACGGUCGUGGCGCUAGUACAACAUCAGCCACAAGAACCUCCUUCGAGGCACGAGAUUGGGCGGAACGGCUUGAGCUGGCUGCCCAGGAGGCGGCGGCGUGCGAGCUCAGCGCGGUGCCGCGCAACAUCUUGCAGUCAGUCCUGGGGAAGACGCAGACAGACUGGGUCCUGGGCCGCCAGCUUGACGUCACGCUAAACGCGGGGCACCCCUCCAGGUUCACCGAGAAACCGAUCGCGCGAAUAAAAGCACACCUGCCCAACUUGCUCACGUCGCUGUGGGGCGCAGGCCACAACAAGGAUGAGGAGCCCGGGGCCAGCGACGAGAACAACGGCGACAGCAUGACGGGAAAUACCAAAUCCUGGCAGAAGUUCCUGCACCCUCGGGGGCUCCUGAGCCAGAUCAAGUGGCUGCUGUGGGAAAUCAUUGAUUUCUUCAAGAACCCCACACUCAAGCUGCUUGGGGACGUGGUGAAGGGUAGUUUGGUGCCGCAAAACUACGUGCAUUUGCUGGAAGACUUUGACUUCUUGAAGCACACCGUGGUGCACCUGUCGGGGGGAUAUGGAUUGCAAAAAUGUCUGGGUCCUCUGGAAGAGCCAAACUUGUGAUGCUGCAUUUGGAUGCUAAAAAAACCUGUAUUGCAUGACCAGCAAGACGAGGAUUCAAAUUUGGCUACGCGGAGAGGGCAUUUCGUUGUCGUGCUGGAUGCGCAUAGAUAAGCGCUUAAAAAAUCUGUGAUGCUACUAUGGCAUACCUCACAGACCUCAUGGAUCAUGGAAAAUGUGCAUGACAUAGUUGUGCUCUUCGAGACCCAGAGCCAGACAUGUUUGCAAUGCAUAGGGGAGAUGCGGUCAGCAACCUGGUGCGUCCCGAGGAAGACUGCGACUGGUGGCGGGAUCGCAGAGGUCUCAAUGAUCCCAAUGCCACGCCGGAGCCGCCGAAGCACUGUCGUUGGCUCCUGGUGGAGUCCAUGCAUCGGCAAUGCCCUGACGAAGUGGUCACGAACACAGCUGCUGCGGCCGCCCAGGCGCGACGCCGGGAGGGGAUCGUGGAAGGUGUAAAGGCGCGGGUGCGAGGUAUUGGGCAUGUCCUCAAAAAACAAUGGAAAGAUUUCAAGUCGUGGCGCACAGGAGCAGGAGCUACAACGCCUGCUUUGCGACAGAUUGAUAUGUUAAAGCCCAUGCGCGCGGUGCCGCGGCCACGCAGGGAGGCUCGGUAUUAUCUGCUGCUUGAUCUGUAUCCCACGAAAAAACUGCUUCACUGUGAUGAUUUUGCAAGAUCUGCAUCACAAGCUUGUUACGCAUGACAAAGAAAACUUGGCCUGCGUGCUUCCUAAGGGAAAACACAGCUAAAAAUCCAAUGUCUUGCAGCAUGUGUAGCAAGACAAAUAGUUCUGUGCUCCAUUUUCUGCAUCACAGGUUCGUUUACAGUGAAGCAGUUUUUUCUUGCGAUAAUCUGGGCGCGACGUGUCAGGUGGUCGUUCUGGACCAAUAUGUGACGCGGUCCGACUAUCCGGGUUUCAGGAUCGAAAUCGACAAAGUCGAGGAAUUCAUUUGUAAAAUGCAUAAAAUGUUGCUGAAGCUGAGCACAUAAACAUAUCAUGUCCUCCUGUGUUCUUGGGCCGCAAGCAAAUGAAGCCGAUUUUUGCAAGGCUGUUUAGGGGAAGACGAUGCGCUCGCGCUGCCAGUAGAGUAGCAUGACGGGGCGAGCAGUCUUCUUUGCCCAAACAGCAUGACAGACUGGAUUUUGGUGCUCCCCAGUCGGAAGCUGGGACCCCAACUGCUUGUGUCGAUUUUAUGCAUGCCAAUGCCAAAUUAGUUCGAUUGUGUUGAUUUCGGUCCUGGCACUUCCAUACCGACGCCGUGGCCGCCUUGGAGCACCGCGAGUACGUUCGCGCCGGCCCCAAGGCCUUACUCACUUUCGAGGAAGCCGUUCCAGACCCGUGGGGCCAUUAUUCGUCCAUGACGACGGGGUCGCCGCUGGGAAUUGACAGCGAGGUGUGGAACCAACAGGAGAACUUGCCGCAGCGGCUGGCAUAUCAAAUGCAAAAAUGUCUGGGUCUGAAAACUUGUGAUGCUGGGUGGCGUAUCAUGAAGAGGCCACAAGUGCUGGCUCAGCAUGACAAGUUUCUGAGCUUCUAGGUGUUGCCUAUUCUGCAUGACAAACUGCGUUUCUGCAUGACAGAAAAGUGGCGCUCUUGGGCAACGUGCGUGACAGAUUUGAGAGUCAUGCCAGACAAGCAUGACAAAUAACAUGCAUCCUUCCAGACCCAGACAUUUUUACACUUGAUAUGGCAGAAGCGGCCCGGGCGGGAAAAAAGUACGUCGAGUUUUACAUUUGGCAAAAUAAGCCCCAGCGAAAGAUUAUCAAAUGCAAAAAUGUCUGGGUCUGGAAACUUGUGAUGCUUAAAGUGAAUGGUAGACGGACUGCAAUGCGCAGCUAUGCAUGACAAAUUUUUUGGCUCCCAUGUCUUACGUAUCCCGCAUGCCAAACUGCGUUUUUGCAUGACAGGUAAGAGGGCCUUUUCGUGCCUAUGCAACACAGAUUUUCGAGUCAUGCCAGACAAGCAUGACAAACUUGCACUCUUCCAGACCCAGACAUUUUUGCAUUUGAUAAAGAUGUCUCGGAUCGGGGUGCCCAUCGACGACGUGAAAUCGGUCCUGUGGGACUACAACGCAAAAUUCAUACAACAGUCCUUGGGCACGGUAGCGCCGCACAAACUGGCCAGGGAACAGACCUCCGGCGCUUUUGUGGCGCAGGUGGUGCAGGAUACGCAGGAUCCCGGCGGUUGUGUCUUGCAGAGCGCGGUGAGCAGUAAAACAAAAAGCAGCACUCCUGCGCAGGAGCUGUUGUUCCAAAACCCUUACGUGGUGUGCCCUAAAUCCUUGAAAGAUAGUAAACAGCACUUGACGACCCAGUUGAACUUGGAGCACUUGAACUUCGCCCGUUCGGUCGACGACUAUGAUGCCCGCCUGCCGCGCGGAGUAGACUUCUCUAAGAAGCAAGAGCAGUUCGCUUUCAGCACAAUGAGACAGACGAAAUGCCUGCCAGACUGGGUGACAGAGAGGCUGGUGAGGACCUCCACCGCCGACAAAAAGACGUCGCCCACCACCAGCUUCGACGCAGAUGGGGGGUUCCUGUUUGGUCUGAUGGUCGAUCACGCGCAGUGCGACAAGUGCGCAGCGGUUUGGUUUGCAAAGGUUCGGAGCGGCUCAGUACCAGUCGGAGCCGUGGAGGAGUUUGCACACCCUGUAGUACUAGCGAAGUACGACAUCGCACCAGAGGCUGCAAAUCAGUGCGACAUGAGAAAUGUGGAGGCCAAGGUGCGCGGAUGUCUUCUGCUGCGCCAACAAGGGAAAUUGGAAUGCAAAGCGUGCAGGCUGAGCUAUGAGCUUUUCCCCCGAAGCGAACAUCUCAGCUCGCCCUCGCUGGUCGAUUUUUUCCAAGACGAAAGACCAGAUAAGGAUGACCUUUUGAAUGGGGCCGCUCAGCAGGACCACGAGUACCUUACUCAGCUGAAGCAAUGGACCGACGAAAUUGUCAAGAACGUCCUGAGCACGGACAUGGGUGAAGAGGCCGGGGCGAAGAGAAAAAGGGCGAAAGCUGCGCUCAGGGACGAGUAUUGCCCCCGGAGGGAAGUGGAUUUCGGCAAAUGCAAGCGCCUGCGCCUCGGGCACUGUGCGGCCACCAUCAAACGAUGUCAACAAGAAGCAUCCGUCGAGGCAGGGAAAGUAACAGCUUCCUUGGUUGGAAUGGACUUGGACACCCAUCUCGAACACGAAAAGGUCCUAGAAAGCUUGAUAUCAAAUGCAAAAAUGUCUGGGUCUGGAAACUUGUGAUGCUAAAAUGUGCACGAUGAAAACACUUCCGAAUGCAGUCCGGCAUGAUAACUUCCCAAAACGCUUUCUCAUAGGCAAUCCGCGUGAGAAACUGCGUUUUUGCAUGACAAACACGGGUGGUGUUGCGGGUAAUCCUGGCGAAAGCCAAAAACCGGCAGAAAAUGGGGCCACGGGAGAGUUCUUGCUGGACAUUACCAACAUUUGCCCACGCAGAGCCGUCCUCUUGCCGGACACAACCAAUGACAAAAGAGCUUGCGACUUUUGUUGGUUAUGCAAUACAGAUUUUCUAGGUAUGGAAAGCUAGCAUUACAAGUUCCAACCUUCCAGACCCAGACACUUUUACAAUCCAUACUUGAAUCAAAAAUGCAAAAAAGAGAUGGAGGAAAGCACGGGCUGCUCCGAAUUGCUGGCGGAGGUAGCCUGUGCAAAAGUAUCGUACUCGUAUUGCAAUCAUGCGUUAGUGUAUACAAAAUUUUUUUCUCAAGGUAAAUCUGCAUUACAAACUUUAUUUCUCAUGCUGAGGAAAUUUGUAUUGCAUUUAUACGACUACGAUACUUUUGCAGUUCAUAGGAGGACGUUGCGAGCAAAAGGGCGGCCAUGCUGAUGGGGACGGGGCCUUGAGGCAUCCCGCUUGGUUGAUGUCUCUACGAUCCGGGACCAAGACGUCCUUGCCCUCUUUCCUUCGAUCACGCCAUAGGACGUCGAUCGGGUGGUUGACUACGAGAUUGGUAGGACGAUAGGAAUAUCGCAAGAAAGAACUGUUGCGCUGUGAACUUGUAAUGCAGAAACUGUAUCUGACUGAGAAGUGUUUGUCUUGCUACACAUGCAAGACAAUGGAUUUUUAGCUGUCUUUUUCCUUAGGAAUCUAGCAUGGCAAAUUUUCUCUGUGAUGUAGAAUUAACUUGUGACGCAGAACUUGCAAAAUCCUUACAGUGAAACACUUUUUUCGUACGAUAAGGAACGAAGCGAAAUUAAUACUACGAAUGGUGCACCAGCACCCCGGUGCAGCAACAUCAUUUAUUUCGAGUAAGUGGGUAUCAGGGAGAGCAAACCAAAACCUAUUUUACGGUAAAACGUAACGCGCUGCUUUCUUUUGCGCGACACUUUUUGUUUUUUUCUCAUUUAAGUAUUCUUUAAGUACCUCUUUCUUCAUCAAAUUGCAAUCCAUGCAAAAUUUUAUCGAUCUGAUCUCUGCCUUUUUUCGUGUUCCACAACCGAUCUUGCUUUUGCUGUUUCUUUGCCUUUUCGUAUGAAUAUCAAAAAUAUUACCGUACUAGUUCAACAUCAUUAUCAACAUAACUGUGCUGCUACUUCUUCUUGUAUAAUCUUCUUGUAAGUAGUGAAGUUCUUCAAAAAA